AGUCUAGUGAGCCCCACAUUUCCUUUCUGGUUACUGUACCCAGCACCUGAAAGUCAUGGACAGAGGUAAACAGCUGAAAGCGGCCAUCCUUUGGAACCUUCCUUUCCUUUUCCAGUUCUGCAUGGGAGACUUUGCAACAACUGACUAUGAACCUGACAACUCCACCCUUGACUACAGCCUGUUUGAGGAGCUCUGCAGGAAGGAUGAGAUCCGGAGGUUCCGUGCUACCUUCUUACCUGCCAUGUAUUCUCUUGUGUGUUUUGUGGGACUGGCAGGCAAUGGCCUGGUCAUGUUGACCUACAUCUACUUCAAGAGACUCAAGACCAUGACUGAUGUCUACCUACUCAACCUGGCCAUAGCAGACAUCCUCUUCCUGCUGACUCUCCCCUUCUGGGCCGUCAGUGCAGCCAAAUACUGGAUCUUCAAGGAGUUUACGUGCAAGGCCGUCCAUUGCAUUUGCCAGAUGAGCUUCUUCAGUGGCAUGUUGCUGCUUCUCUCCAUCAGCAUCGACCGGUAUUUUGCCAUAGUCCAGGCCCCCUCAGCCCACCGCCUUCGCUCCAAGAGGGUGUUUGUCAGCAAAGUCACCUGUUCUUUAAUCUGGGUAGUGGCUUUCAUCCUGUCUAUCCCCGAGGCGAUCCACACAGGUGUGCACCACUCUGCCGACCAGAAUCCACGCUGCAGCAUCAUAAUGGACAACUUGCUGACCUUUUCUACUCUCAUCAGAUUAUCUCAAAUGAUCUUUGGCUUCCUGGCACCUCUCCUAGUAAUGACUUUCUGCUACUGGAUCAUCAUCAGGACCUUGCUGCAGACUCGCAGCUUCGAGAAGAACCGCGCAAUCAAGGUCCUUAUUGCUGUCAUGGUGGCCUUUGUCAUCUUCCAGCUGCCCUAUAAUGGCAUCAUGCUUGCUCAGACCAUCUCAGCCUUCAACAACACCACUGGCCAAUGCAAUGCCAGCAAGCGCUUGGAUAUAGCCAAUGAUGUGACAUACAGCCUGGCUUGUCUCCGCUGCUGUCUCAACCCCUUCCUGUAUGGUUUUGUAGGUGUCAAGUUCCGCAAUGACCUUCUCCGGCUCCUUAAGAACCUGGGCUGUCUCAGCCAAGCAAAGUUCUGGCAGUGGUCAGCUUACAGGGAGAACAGAAGGUGUUCCAUUGCCACAGACACAGAAACCACCACCACUUUCUUCCCAUGAGCUGACCUGAGCAAUGUAGCAGAAAUGUUGGACUGCCACUGAAACAGAUAUCACGAGACAGUCUCCAUUGGCCAGCAUCACGGAUUGAACUAGGAACUUCUGAAUCUCACAUAGCAUGGAUAUUUCCAUGUGCCAGAGGAGACCAAAAUACCGUGUCAUCCAACCAUCCCUCUACUCACGUAAUCCAGACCAUAUGCCACAAAGCAGUGAAAAGGGAAUUGCAGUAAAUGAACUAAGCCAUGAGCUGCAGGAAGAGACACAAAUACUCCCUCUGGCCUAAAAGAGUGAGCCUGGAAAGUGAAUCCAAAGAUGCUGACAACCUUGAUAAGAAGGUGAUAAAUCUUCACUAUGGCCUAGUAGACUCUCAGAUGGCAGGCUAUGCAAAUACAAGAUGACCUCAUGCAAGCCUCUUCCACAAAUUGAGAAGAAAGCAUGGGGGGAAGCCAAGUGACAGAUCUCCACAUCCCUCUUCUGGUUUCUUUCUACUCCCCCUCCCCUCCUUGCAAUUUCUUCCUUGUUCCUUCUAGCAACCCUGUGUUAUUGCUGCCAAACAAUAACAUUGUUAUGGCAUCAAUGGUAAAAUAGAACAAAUGAACCAGUUAGUGCAAAGAACUUCCCCCUUCCCCGCCAAACACGGGGGUCCCCAUACACCUUCUACAUCAUUCAGACCCACCUGUGCAAACCUGCUAUUUGGGAGCAAUCAGCUUCAAGGAAAUCAAGCAAGAAGGGAACGUGCUGUUGAAAUGCUAACAAUAGAGCUUUGUUCCUAUGCAAAAGGUGGACUUAAAGAAGAGCCUUAUAAAAUAGACGUGCUUUGUAAAAUCCAAUACAGCUAUAUUUCUGCUGCCUGUGAAAGCACAGACCAGUUUAGUGCCUUCCAUCAGGUAUGUGCUUGGCUGCUCUCCAGAGUUCCCAUUGCCCAGUGCUCAUGUGAUUGUGACCAAGCCUCUCCCCAGGAAGGACUGCCUAAGGGCCAGAUCAGCUGUGAUGUUAAUGGUGGCCAUCCUUCUGGCAAGCAUCAGUUCUCCCAGAGUGCUUGCACUUCUAAGGAGAGCUCCAAUGGCACCAAUAAGAGCUUCUCUUGAAAUGUGAACAACGCCUUCAGAGAGGCAAGGAGAAAAAGGCUGGGUUCAAAAAACAAGACAAGCAAGAGAAUGGGUUGACUGUGGAUUAUGAACCAUGGGCUGUUAUUGAAUCAAUGGUUGUUGUGUUGUGUGAACACAGCUGCACUAACAGACUUGCUUGCGAAGAGAAUCUGUUGUUUGUUGUCAGGUUGUGACCUGUGGGUUGUUGGUGAUUAACAAAUUAGGUGUUGAGCAUGUGCCUGUCUUAUUUGCUGCAUCCUAGAGGUUCUUUGGUUUUUGUUAGUCACCUGCAAGCCUACAGAUAUAUUCCUGGAUAUUUGAAGUCCAGUCUGUUGUGCUCUGCAGUACACAAUAAAACAAUGGAUACAA